AUGGACAUGUUCGCCCCCGCGCCCCCUCCCCCCACCGCCCUAGGCCGGUACCGCACGCUCUCCUCGACCGCCGGCAUCCGGGUCUCGCCCUUCCAACUCGGCGCGAUGUCCAUCGGCACCGCCUGGUCCGGCGGACUGGGCUCAAUGACCAAAGAAGCCAGCUUCGCGCUGCUAGACGCCUACCUCGCGGCCGGGGGCAACUUCAUCGACACGGCGAACAACUACCAGAACGAGGAGUCGGAGCGGUGGAUCGGGGAGUGGAUGGCCCUGCGCGGGGUGCGCGACCACCUGGUGGUAGCGACCAAGUACACGGGGCUCUACCACCCCUCCUACCCGAAGAUCAACUUCGCCGGCAACCACCGGCGCAGCCUGCACCUGAGCGUGCACGACUCGCUGGCCAAGCUGCAGACCAGCUACCUGGACAUCCUGUACGUGCACUGGUGGGACAGCACCACCUCCAUCGAGGAGGUGAUGGACAGCCUGCACAUGCUGGUGCAGCAGGGCAAGGUGCUGUACCUGGGGAUCUGCAACGCGCCGGCCUGGGUGGUCAGCGCGGCCAACACGUACGCGCGCCUGCAGGGCAAGACGCAGUUCAGCAUCUACCAGGGGCGGUGGAACGUGCUGCACCGCGACUUGGAGCGCGAGGUGAUCCCCAUGGCGCGCCGGUUCGGGAUGGCCGUCGCGCCGUGGGAUGUGCUCGGCGGGGGCAAGUUCCAGUCGCCCCAGGCCAUGGCCGCGCGGAGGGAGAAUGGGGAGGGGCUGCGCAGCAUGAUGGGGAGCGGCGAGCAGAGCGAGGAUGAGGUGCGGAUGAGCGAGGCGCUGGGCAAGGUGGCGGCCGAGGUGGGGAUCGAGUCGGUGACCGCCGUCGCGUUGGCGUAUGUGCUGGCCAAACAUCCGAAUGUGUUUCCCGUGGUCGGCGGGCGGAAGGUCGAGCAUCUCAGGGAUAAUAUUCAGGCGUUGGAGGUGAGGUUGUCCGAGGAGCAGAUCCGGUUUUUAGAGGGGGUCAAGCCGUUGGAGUUGGGGUUUCCGCAGAAUAUGCUGGGCGAGGAACCCGGGGUUACGGGGAGGGAGGGCAUGUCCCUCGCUAAUGCGGGGGUGGUUGAUUUUGUCAAGUUUGAGAGGCCGGUGGGGUAUGCUUGAGCUUGGGGGACGGUAUAUUGUUU